AUAUUCGACUUACAAAUCCCAUAAGAGGUAGGCUUUGUCCUAAGGUAUUUCAAAAUUUCAAAGUAAAAUACAUUCAAACAAAGCGUAAAUUAUAUAUACACAUCAUUCCGACAAUGAUCAGAAAUCGCUUAAUAAUUAUUACGCUUCUUUUGGCAGGACUUAUCAUCUUACCGUUAUUUAUUGAAGGAUCUGAGACCCCAGAUCCUCCAGGCGAUGGCACCUUGACGAAGACUCUCUGGCCAAAACAACAGCUUAAUAAAAAGAACAUGUCAAAAAUAAUGACCAAACGACUGCACAGAUUAAUUGCAAGAAAGAAAUUUGCUAGAAAGUUGCAACAAAUGACGAUUCCUUUCCUCGACACACUUGAUAGUGUUCCGAAAUUUUUGAAAGAUCUCGAAGAAACAGUAGGUACGACCAAUUCGAGUCAAAUAACCAACAAAACUGGCAUGAUUUUCAAGCGUAAAGAUGAUACAUCAAAGCCAUAUGCGAAGCUAUUGCGGGUCUUUAUCCAAUUUGCUUGGAACGAUGCCUGGGAAUUGUUUAGCAAGAAGAAAACAGUAAGAGUCGAUGAGGUGUAAAUGAUAUCAGAGGAUGAAGGAUUUUUGGCACCUAGGAUGACAUUUUGUUUCUGAGAAAGCACAGUAUUCUUUAUUUCGAAUUGUUGGGUUUCGUUGGGAGAGAAGAGUAGAAAUUAAGCAUCAAAUUAUAAGUGAGAAAAUUUUAAUUUGUAGAAGAAUUUGUAAAGAAAUCCUUUGGGGGAUAAACAAAUAUUCCAGUUGAAGCAUUCAAAAUAAAGUGAAAAAUUAAAAAAACAA